UCAUCACACAGUGAAAAGCAGAGAAAUUCCAAAAACCCCUCCGUCAGUCGUCAGCCAAAUUAGAAAACCCAGCUUUACAUAUCAGACACCACACACACACACACACCUCUCUCUCUCUCUCUAGCUGAAGAUUUAUUUUCUCUCUCUAGCUGAAACUUUCAUUUUGAGCGAAUAUCACUUUAUUGGAGAAAAGGAGAUUCAGAAAUGAGUGCAGAUUCGAAGAGGAACGGCGGUGGUUCUGCGGUGGCGCCGCCGCCGCUCAUGUCAUCCUCCGACGAUAGGAAAUCCUCCUCCGGAUCGAGUCCUGGCAAAAAAGUCAUCAUCAAAAGCGCAGACAUGAAGGAGGACGUGCAGAAAGAAGCGAUCGAAAUAGCCGUUGCUGCGUUUGAGAAGAAUAAUGUAGAGAAGGAUGUGGCGGAGCACAUAAAGAAGAUGUUCGACCAAAAGUACGGCCCUACUUGGCAUUGCAUCGUCGGCAAGAAUUUUGGUUCAUAUGUAACUCAUGAGACAAACCACUUUGUCUACUUCUAUUUGGAUUCCAAAGCAGUGCUCUUGUUCAAAUCCGGCUGAAAGAAACGACGAAUGACGAACAAGAUAAGAAAGGUGACGAUAUCUUUAUCCACCGCUUGCAUUUUGUAUGUAUUACUAAAAACAUAAAACUUUAUCUGCUUUGAAGACUUUUGUUGUGCUUGUAUAUUUGGGAACUUUAACUUGCUAUUCUUCUACACACGAACGAGGUUCAUGAUUCCCGGUCGAUUUU